CAUCUUCCCUGUCGACCAGGAGCUCACCUCGUCGAUGGCGCAGUGUGUUGUGUUGCUCUCAGAGACUUGGCCAGGGAUUCCCGCCGAGGAGGAGCAGCUCGGGAGUCUGCUGAGCUGAAGAUUUGGAUUUUGUUUCCCUGCUCGGAGGCCGGGUAGACGGCAGGGGGUCGGGUCUUGGGGAGUUGGUGCCUGACGCCGGAGAGCCAGCGCUUUGGAGUGGGCCGGGUCGGCUUGUGCCUUCCGUUCCCGCAGCGACCAGUGGCAGUUCCAGGAAGGAAGGGCUCCAGCAGAACGGGCACGGGUGGCUGCCGCCCUGUGUCUCCAGCGGAGAAGACAAACCGGGCAGGCUCGGGAGCAGUGGGAGAGGAAGGCGGGAGGCGCGGAGCCAGCAAGCCGGAAGAAUGGCCCGGGACUCCCUGGCCACCCGGCUGCAGGAGUCGGUGGGGGUCUUCCACGCGUUGGGGCCGAAGAGCCCCGCCCCCGCCGGCCAGUGUGCACUCCGCCGCCCCGCGAGCACGGCCGCAAGCCGCCGGCCGCACCAGACCACGAGGCUCCCAGGACGGAGGCUGGAAGCUUCGGUCAUCGGGCAGGAUUCAGGGGAGUCCUGGGCCCCGGGCGCUGGGGCCCCGAAGCUAGGCGGCGGCGCCCAAGAUCCGCUGCCAUCGUGGAGCCGGACCGGGGAGGAUUCCAGCUCAGGGUCCUUCCCUUUGCCCGCCCAUGGCCCAGCCACUAGAAACCCCCACCCGGUGGCUGGGCCUCCCCCGGCCCAGUCGGCCCCCUUGCCUGGCUCGAGGCUUCCAUCCGGGCUCGCCACCCCGGACCCAGCAGGCGAAGUCUAUCCUGGCCUCCUGCCCACUCCCAGCCUGACCAUCCCGAGAUGGUCCCGGCUGGGGCCCCCCAGCCGCGACGUGAGCAGGCAGGCUCUGCCCUGGAGGCUGCCCACCGUCCCUCAACCAGUCAGGUCGCAGCCCAUCGGCAAGGACCAGAGGCCUGCGCGCGAGGGCAUGAAGCUGCGGGCCCAACGGGCGCGGGAGAUCCGCUGUCACCCGUGUCCCCCUCCGCUCCUCGCGAUAUCUGCUGGGACGUGUGCCCAGGCGGGCUCCCUUCGACCCCUUUCAUUCAGGCGCUGCUUUGCCCGUUUGCGGCGCCAGCUCGGCGCCAGAGAAGCCCAGCCGCGAGGGCGCCCCCCGGGGAGUAGCAGCAGACGUUUCGAGUGGCUGGGGCCGGACACCCGCCCCGUGGACGUGGAGAUG